AUGCAUCUUUCUCUGGCACUCCUCGGUGCCCUAUCUUGUCUCCCAUCCACACUCGCACUUCCCCAUCUCCAAGCCCGGAACUCCUCCGGCUACGUUGACUGGAGGACCUUCAAAGCCGAAGGUGUCAACCUAGGAGGAUGGCUUUGUCAGGAGUCCACCAUUGACAGCGAGUUUUGGGGGAAAUACUCCGGCGGGGCAAGUGAUGAAUGGGGACUUUGCAAGCAUCUGGGACCCCAGUGCGGCCCCGUUCUAGAGCAUCGAUACGCCACCUAUAUCACGGAGACAGACAUCGACAAGCUGGCUGGCGCGGGAGUUGAGCUCAUCCGCAUUCCAACCACCUACGCCGCUUGGAUCAAGCUUCCUGGCUCCCACCUGUACUCGGGAAACCAGCUUGAGUAUAUCAAAAAGAUCUCCGACUAUGCCAUCAAGACCUAUGGCAUGCACGUUGUGAUCGACGUCCACUCGCUCCCCGGCGGAGUGAAUGGUCUCACCAUCGGCGAAGCCACCGGCCACUGGGGGUGGUUCCACAACGAGACCGCACUCGACUACUCCCUGCAGAUCGUGGACGCCGUGGUCGACUUCGUACAGAACUCCUCCUACCCGCAAUCCUUCAGCAUUUCGCCGAUCAACGAACCCGCCGACAGCAACCAGGACAUGUCGGUCUUCGGGACGCCCGCCGCCCUCUCGGACCGCGGCGCCUCCUGGGUCUUGAAAUACAUGCAGGCGGUCGUCGCUCGCGUGGCCGCGGUCAACCCUCGCAUCCCGAUCAUGUUCCAGGGCAGCUUCAAGCCCGUGGAGUACUGGUCGGGCAACUUCUCCGCAGACACGAACCUCAUCUUCGACGUGCACACCUACUACUUCGAGCGCACCAACGUCACGUCCCAGAACCUCCCCAUGCACCUGAACUCCGACGCGCGCGCCAAAUCCGGCGACGGGAAGUUCCCCGUCUUCGUGGGCGAGUGGUCCAUCGAGACCGGCUCCAACAACAGCUUUGCCCUGCGGGAACGCAACUUCAAUGCCGGCGUGGCUGCCUGGCGCAGACACGGGCAGGGCAGCACCUACUGGACGGCCAAGUUUUCGGGCAACGCCACGGUCGCCGGACAGGGUACGCAGGCGGAUUACUGGAGCUUUGAGUCGUUCAUUGACCAUGGCUAUGUUGGACAAUUCGGGAGUAAACAAUAG